AUGACAGGCUUCAAUAACCCUCCCAUAAUGACAGGCUUCAAUAACCCUCCCAUAAUGAUAGGCUUCAAUAACCCUCCCAUAAUGACAGGCUUCAAUAACCCUCCCAUAAUGAUAGGCUUCAAUAACCCUCCCAUAAUGAUAGGCUUCAAUAACCCUCCCAUAAUGAUAGGCUUCAAUAACCCUCCCAUAAUGAUAGGCUUCAAUAACCCUCCCAUAGUGAUAGACUUCAAUAACCCUCCCAUAGUGAUAGACUUCAAUAACCCUCCCAUAGUGAUAGACUUCAAUAACCCUCCCAUAAUGAUAGGCUUCCAUAACCCUCCCAUAGUGAUAGACUUCCAUAACCCUCCCAUAAUGAUAGGCUUCAAUAACCCUUCCAUAGUGACAGACUUCAAUAACCCUCCCAUAAUGAUAGGCUUCAAUAACCCUCCCAUAGUGACAGACUUCAAUAACCCUCCCAUAAUGAUAGGCUUCAAUAACCCUCCCAUAAUGAUAGACUUCAAUAACCCUCCCAUAAUGACAGGCUUCAAUAACCCUCCCAUAAUGACAGGCUUCAAUAACCCUCCCAUAAUGAUAGGCUUCAAUAACCCUCCCAUAAUGAUAGGCUUCAAUAACCCUCUCAUAAUGACAGGCUUCAAUAACCCUCCCAUAAUGAUAGGCUUCAAUAACCCUCCCAUAAUGAUAGGCUUCAAUAACCCUCCCAUAAUGACAGGCUUCAAUAACCCUCCCAUAAUGAUAGGCUUCAAUAACCCUCCCAUAAUGAUAGGCUUCAAUAACCCUCCCAUAAUGACAGGCUUCAAUAACCCUCCCAUAAUGAUAGGCUUCAAUAACCCUCCCAUAAUGACAGGCUUCAAUAACCCUCCCAUAAUGAUAGGCUUCAAUAACCCUCCCAUAAUGAUAGGCUUCAAUAACCCUUCCAUAAUGAUAGGCUUCAAUAACCCUCCCAUAGUGAUAGACUUCAAUAACCCUCCCAUAGUGAUAGACUUCAAUAACCCUCCCAUAGUGAUAGACUUCAAUAACCCUCCCAUAGUGAUAGACUUCAAUAACCCUCCCAUAAUGAUAGGCUUCAACAACCCUCCCAUAGUGAUAGGCUUCCAUAACCCUCCCAUAGUGAUAGGCUUCCAUAACCCUCCCAUAAUGAUAGACUUCAAUAACCCUCCCAUAAUAAUAGGCUUCCAUAACCCUCCCAUAAUGAUAGACUUCAAUAACCCUCCCAUAAUGAUAGGCUUCAAUAACCCUCCCAUAAUGAUAGACUUCAAUAACCCUCCCAUAAUGAUAGACUUCAAUAACCCUCCCAUAAUGAUAGGCUUCAAUAACCCUCCCAUAAUGACAGGCUUCCAUAACCCUCCCAUAAUGAUAGACUUCAAUAACACUCCCAUAAUAAUAGACUUCAAUAACCCUCCCAUAAUGAUAGACUUCAAUAACCCUCCCAUAAUGAUAGACUUCAAUAACCCUCCCAUAAUGAUAGACUUCAAUAACCCUCCCAUAAUGCUAGGCUUCCAUAACCCUCCCAUAAUGAUAGACUUCAAUAACCCUCCCAUAAUGAUAGACUUCAAUAACCCUCCCAUAAUGAUAGACUUCAAUAACCCUCCCAUAAUGAUAGGCUUCCAUAACCCUCCCAUAAUGAUAGUCUUCAAUAACCCUCCCAUAAUGAUAGACUUCAAUAACCCUCCCAUAAUGAUAGACUUCAAUAACCCUCCCAUAAUGAUAGGCUUCCAUAACCCUCCCAUAAUGAUAGGCUUCCAUAACCCUCUCAUAAUGAUAGACUUCAAUAACCCUCCCAUAAUGAUAGGCUUUAAUAAACCUAUCGUGAUUGGUAACUAA